UCGCGGCGCUGCAGACGGGAGCCGGGUUGGAGGGGCCACUAGGUCGGGUGGGGAAUCUGUGCCCGAGCAGCGCCUGAGCCGGGCGGCGAGAGAGCGACGGAGCAAGCGUUCGAGCUGGGCGGUGGCGUGCGGCCCGGGUCCUGGGCUCUUCCAGGGAGAAUAGCUCCCGGUGCCGAAGAACCGGGACAGACGGGGGCGCUGCUGGAGCUUGAGCCCGACGCGGUGUCUCGAGUCGUAGGUGGCCGACUGAAUCCUGGGCGCUGCCUGCUGGAGCGGAGAUCCGGGUUUGCUUCCCGCCCCCGCUCAGGACCCUGACGUGGGUGAGACAACCCUGGGAGCAUGAGCGGGCAGCGCGUGGACGUCAAGGUGGUGAUGCUGGGCAAAGAGUACGUGGGCAAGACGAGCCUGGUGGAGCGAUACGUGCACGACCGCUUCCUCGUGGGGCCGUAUCAGAAUACCAUCGGGGCCGCCUUCGUGGCCAAGGUGAUGUCCGUUGGAGACCGGACGGUGACUUUGGGCAUUUGGGACACAGCAGGCUCUGAGCGCUACGAGGCCAUGAGCCGCAUCUACUACCGGGGCGCCAAGGCUGCCAUCGUCUGCUACGACCUCACAGACAGCAGCAGCUUUGAGCGAGCAAAGUUCUGGGUGAAGGAGCUGCGCAACCUAGAAGAGGGUUGUCAGAUCUACCUGUGUGGCACCAAGAGUGAUUUGCUGGAGGAAGACAGACGGCGUCGCCGUGUGGACUUUCAUGAUGUCCAGGACUAUGCAGACAAUAUCAAUGCUCAGCUCUUUGAAACAUCUAGCAAGACAGGCCAGAGUGUGGACGAGCUCUUCCAGAAAGUGGCAGAGGAUUACAUCAGUGUGGCCGCCUUCCAGGUGAUGACAGAGGACAAAGGUGUGGACCUGAGCCAGAAGCCAAACCCCUACUUCUACAGCUGUUGUCAUCACUAAGUCACCAUACUCACCUGGUCUGGGAGAAUUAAAGGAAUUCCCCCAGAGGGGCUGGACCUAGCUCUUGUCUGGGCUUGGGUGAUCAAACGUCUAAGCUACCCCAGGUCCCCAUGGCAACAGAGGUGACACCUGCCUGUCUUGGCCCAUGGAAUGGAGGCAGUAUUGGGCUGACUGAUGGGCAUGAGGAGGGUUAAGGGCUGAUUUGGACCCCAGGCUUCUGCCCUGGACAGCACUUUUGUCUGCAGAUUAAGUGACUUCUGAUUUGUAAAUAAAAUCAAUGCACUGUGAAUCACA